AUGGAUUGGAAUAGUAUUCCCGAAGAGCUUCUUGAGUUAAUAUUAUCGAACAUAUUUGCUAGAGACAGAUACAAUUUCAACUUAGUGGGUCGAUCUUGGAAUAACAACGCUUUCUUCUACAUGGAUUUCCCCAAACUCGAGAAUGCAGUAAUACGCUUCUCCAAUCACGGAUGGUUGCUCAUGAUAUCUCGUGAUGGUAAAGCUCUAUUUUUGUACAACCCGUCUGACAACCAUAUGAUUAAACUACCCACACCAACAGAUGCCUACACUACAAUAUGCUUCUUCCACCUGCCAACUUCCUCGAAGUGUUUCGUCUUUGGAAUUGCAACUGAAAUGGUGUUUCCAUUCGAUAAGCUAAGAGUAGGGAUUCUUAAACAUGGAGAAGGAAAGUGGGCAACCAGUCUUACCGGCAACAAAUAUCAUGCAUUCAUGUCGUCUCUUGGCCCCCCAAUUUAUGAAUAUGGGUUGUUAUUCUUUUUGGAUGUCAACGGAAAUGUAGCAGUCUUUAAUGUCGAUGAAUUUGACACUUCUAAGGAUUGGGCUGUCUUUAUACGGUGUCUCAAGCAACGACGGCUUCGUAGAAAUAUUACAGAGCAUUACUUGAUCAAACCUAAGUGCGAGAAGAACAUCUUUGCUGUAUUUGCAAUGCAUUACGACAUCAGAAAAGUCAGAGUAUUUAGGCUUUCGAAUGAUUUUGCGUGGGAAUUGGUAGAAAAUAUAAGGGAUAUGGUGUUUUAUGUAAGCAACACAUCGUCUUUCGGUCAUAAGACUAAUGUAAAAAGUCUGAUGAACAAGAUUUUCUUCUCGAAGUUCCACGGAGAUAAUGUUGUUGUUACUCUCUCGAUUCACAGAAAUAUCAUUCUUUUGAGGGCGAUUAUUCAAGCGAAAAUGCUCAUGGUUCUAGAAGAUUGGACUUUGCAGCUUGGACGAUACCUGCGUCAAUUGAUCCGCAACUUCCGAAAGAAGCAAUGA